AUGGCGGGGAUUCUGCCGCUCCUGCCGUUCGCAGCAGCGAAUUCUGUUGGGUCAUCGUCGACACUAGCAGGAGUCGCCGGGACAGGAUCACCCAGCGGCGUGGCGUGCAGGCAGCAGCUGGUGGAGGAAUUGGACUCGUCGGCUUCUGCUUCUGUUGCACAUGUUACUUUUGAACAGCCUUCAGUGCAGCUGGAGGAGACACGGAGGGGAUUGGGGGAGGCUGAGAGGAGCAGGGCAGCAAAGUUUGUACAAGUGAGAGGGGACCUGCUUGUAGUGCAAGAAGAGCUGGUGACUGUAAGGGGGGAGUUGCUCACAGCAAGGGUUGAGCUGGUGACUAUGAAAGGGGAGUUAGACUCAUUGAAAGGGACUUUUUAA